AUGGAGGAUCCCUUCGCAGACACCAUGGAGAUGGCGUCUCCAUACACUGGCCAUGUGGACGAUUUUGAAAUCGAUAUCGACAUCAUGGAAGAUCAACCUUCUAAUGUGGACGACGACUUCGAUCUACAAGAUGCUUCUCCCGGCGCAGCCGCAGGAGACUUAACUAAUGAUUCCGAUAUGAUGGAUGAUGUACCUGAGAUGACAGUUACUGAUACUUCUACCUACAAUAACGAUGGUAAUAUGCAGUACGCUGAGAAUACCUUUUUCACCACUCAAGAGCCGGUCGAGUCUGAAAUGGUGGAUGAAGAUUACGAAGAGAAUGACGAGACUGUUCCUUCUACAUUUGAGACUUUCACAACGCAACAGGAUCAAGUCAAUCUAACGGAAGCCGCUGAACCUGCGGACGAUCAGGCGAAAGAGGAAGUGAGCAGAGAUGUGGGAGAGCAGAAUAUUGAAGAAGUUGUAGAAGAAACGCAGACUGCUUUGCAAGAAACUGUUAAUCGGGAGACGACUCAAGAGGGACCACACGAGUCAAAGGUGGAGGAGCCAUCUACGAUCACGGAGGCACAAGGCGAAUCUGUUACCGAGCAUCAUCCUGAUGAUCCAGCCGAGGCUCAUGAGGUAGCCGAAGGAACCAAGGAAGUCCCUUCAGAUACCGCCAUCAUCGAUCCUGGUAUCGAAGACAGAUUAGCAGGAGCGCCGGACGAUGUCGAGAAUAACAGAUUAAACGAUGCAGGCGAAACCCUAGUGGUCGUCGAAAAUGAGCACGAUUUUGUAGAACAACAACAUAAGCCGCACAUUCACCCAGUGAAAGUUAUCUAUCAAGAAAGUGAAAUUUCCAUGUUCCCACCGCUCCAUGGUGACACGUCAGAGACGUACUUCCUUGCGAACGAAGGAUUGGCGCAUGAAAAUAUUGAUCGGCUUUUCAAGGAGUGCCGUACAAUUCUUGGAGAUCAUGCAUCUGAUGAAGAAUCGUUAGUGUUUCAUAUCGAUUCACUAGGUAUUGAACUAAGCGAGGACAAUACUCACGUAUGCAAAUUCACGCUAUCCCAGAUUGUUGACACAUACCUCCACUUAUGUCGUAACAGUGGCAUUGAGCAGCCCGAGCCCCUAUAUCUAACUCUCAAUACGAGAGCUAACCUGUCCUCGGAGUUGGCAGCAUUACUGAACGCGGCAAUGCAAGGCAAAGGCAUCUCCGAUAUACAGAACUGGGAAGAAGAAUAUGAGCACGAGGAAGGUGAAGACAAGGAAGUUUCUAGCCGUGGUGAUUUGUCAGAGCAAAACCCUGAAGAAGAUGAGCAUGGCGAGCAGACUCACCGCGAAGAAGAGGAGGCACAGAACAAUAGUGUUGAAGAUGAGUUGGCUGAAAGUCACGAUGCACCCCGCGAAGACCUUCAACAAGAUGCUCAGGAUGACUUUGUAGAGGCACAUGAAGAAUCGGAGCAAGCUGGCAUUGAUACGACCAACACCCAGGAGCAUCACGACGAAGAAGAGGAUGGUGAGCUCAACAAUGAAGGUCAGGAACUUACUGAAACCCAGCCACACCCGGAGUCACAUGAUAAUAUCGGGCAAACCGUGCCUCCUUACACAUCAGACAACGAGCCGAGUGCAGGGUCUGAACAUCAACAACAGGAGGAAUCAACCGCUACCGGUCAAGAUGCCGUAGUUGCGGGCGGUACUGACUUUGCUGGCGGUGGAACCCAGGACCCUUCAUUGAAUGAACAUGCUGUAGUGCUCGAAGCUCAUGUUGACGAAGAAGAUCGUGAAGAACAUGCUUCCACUGAAAAUGAUGUCACCACAGCAGGACCUACAGAUCCAUCCGAAGUCGCCCCUACGACUGAGCAACAUGACAAGAGAGGUGGUUACGAAGAUGAUGAAGAGACCGCAGAUCAAGAAUUCACCGAGAAGGAAGACGAAUAUGGUGAAGAUACCGGUGAAGAAAACUAUGACGAUUACGCCGAGGAGGAAUAUCGUGAAGAGCCAGCGGCUGGAGUUGAAUAUACUGAAGAGCUUUUAGUCUCGCAAGAUGGGCAUAAUGAUGACUCCUACGUGGCUGAUCAAUUCGACCAGGCUUCUAGCAAAACAGUAUCCGCAUCGAAUGAACUAGUAGAUAACAACGAUGACAUGCCGGAUAACUUGUGGACUGGUACGAAGAUCGACGCGGCCGAGGGCCACGAUUAUGCUCAGGAAAUUUCAGAUCUUCCUGAGCUACCAGACAACGACCUUCUCAGCUUAGAUGAAGACAUUUUUGCCGAUACUGAACAAGCAAGUCACCGCGAAACGGGAGACGAUAAUGGCCUUGAUGAAUCGCAUAUCGACGAUGGUCAUGCUACUUCCGUGGAACAAGCGACUGCUACCAAUGACGACACGCAGAACGCUGAGCUAAAGCGCCAAGGAAGCACGAUUGGGAAGAGAUCCCGUGCUGACGAAGAGGAGGAAAUUGACUUUGACGGAUUGUCAAGUCCUGGUACAAAGCGAACUCGGUCUUCAUAG